GUGGGGAAUAAUAAACUAGGCAGGACUACUCUACACCGGAAUCAACCAUCAGAAUCGUACAACACACUAUCGACGGUCAAGAUCACUUGAACAUAUUCAAACUCCAAACUCUCCCAAUCUCUCUCUACAACUCGCAAACUAUUAAUUCGCUUUCGCGGCCCCCUUCUCCCCCAGUCUAUUCUCUCUCUCUGUCUCUCUCUACAGGCGACACCUUUCUCUCUACAAAUAUCAUUGGCGCACGUACGGUACCAGUAGCACCCUACCUCUCUCAAUUUCUCUGUUUCUCGGGUUCGUUUCUGCGAUUUAUUCAACAAAAUUCACUACAAGUUUUCUUCAAUUCGCGUUUUGUUUGAUCGCAAAAAGCAAUUUUUCGAGAGUGUGAACAAUUUCGAAUUUGAUCUACGAGUUCGAGAUCUACUUGGAGAUCACAUUGCCGAUUCCUAUUCGCAUUCUCGCUCUCUUUGUUUCUGAAUCUUCAGAGUUUGUUUGGUUUGUGAGAGCUUACAUAGUCACUGGACUGAAAUUCAGAAGUUGAAAAUUUGAUUUUGGUUUGUUGGAAGCCAAGGGUUUGGUGAUUUUGAUUGAUCUGGUGCACUGUUGUGAUCGGUUGAGUGGGCUAAGAUGGGAGUUGGCUUAGUUUCUAUAUUGGCGAAGAUGAAUAGAUUAUCUACAUCUGAUCACACUGAGGUAGUCUCGAUAAACUUAUUCGUAGCGCUUCUUCUCGCGUGUAUUGUGAUUGGACAUCUGUUGGAGGAGAACCGGUGGAUGAACGAGUCUAUUACAGCCCUCAUAAUAGGCCUGUGCACUGGAAUUGUUAUCUUACUAACCAGUGGAGGAAAAAAUUCACAUCUUUUGGUGUUCAGUGAAGAUCUUUUUUUCAUAUAUCUUCUUCCACCGAUCAUUUUCAAUGCCGGGUUUCAAGUAAAGAAGAAGCAGUUUUUUCGAAACUUCAUGACUAUCAUGCUAUUUGGUGCGAUUGGUACUCUGAUAUCCUUUGCCAUCAUCUCCUUUGGUGCUAUGAGAUUCUUUAACAAAAUGAAUAUUGGUUCUCUCGAUGUAGGAGAUUACCUGGCAAUUGGAGCAAUCUUUUCUGCAACAGAUUCUGUUUGCACCUUGCAGGUGCUUAAUCAGGAUGAGACGCCUCUACUGUACAGUCUAGUUUUUGGGGAAGGGGUUGUGAAUGAUGCCACAUCAGUGGUGCUUUUCAAUGCAAUCCAGAGCUUUGACCUAUCUCAUAUCAACUCAAGCACAAUUUUGCAGUUAGUCGGCAGUUUCUUAUAUUUAUUUGCCACGAGCACCAUACUGGGAGUCGUAGCUGGAUUGCUUAGUGCAUUCAUCAUCAAAAAGCUUUAUUUUGGGAGGCACUCUACUGAUCGUGAGGUUGCUCUUAUGAUGCUCAUGGCUUACCUCUCAUAUAUGCUGGCUGAAUUAUUCUAUUUAAGUGCCAUUCUCACAGUUUUCUUUUGCGGGAUUGUGAUGUCCCAUUACACCUGGCAUAAUGUCACCGAGAGUUCAAGAAUCACUACCAAGCAUGCUUUUGCGACAUUAUCAUUUGUUUGUGAGAUAUUUAUCUUUCUUUAUGUUGGCAUGGAUGCCUUGGACAUGGAAAAGUGGAGAUUUGUAAAUGGAAGCCCUGGAACAUCAGUUGGAGUGAGCUCAAUACUAUUGGGACUGAUUUUGGUUGGAAGAGCAGCCUUUGUUUUCCCAUUAUCAUUUAUAGCUAAUCUGACCAGGAAGUCUCCACACGAGAAAAUUGACAUAAAGCAGCAAUUUACGAUUUGGUGGGCUGGUCUUAUGAGAGGUGCUGUUUCUAUGGCUCUUGCUUAUAAUCAGGUUUUUGGAUUGAUGACUAAACCUUUGGUGAGAAUCUUGCUGCCUUCACCAAAGCACUUGAACGGAAUGCUGUCCUCUGAACCAACAUCUCCUAAAUCCUUCACUAUGCCACUCCUGACCAACGGGCACGAUUCAGAAGCUGAUCUGGGUACACAUAACAUUCCUCGCCCUACCAGCUUGCGGAUGCUUCUAGCCACCCCUUCCAAUACCGUGCACUACUAUUGGCGAAAAUUCGAUAAUGCUGUCAUGCGUCCUGCUUUUGGUGGACGGGGUUUUGUACCCUUUGUUGCUGGUUCGCCGAUUGAGCAAAGCGUGCAUCAAUUGCAAUGAGAGCAGAAGUGAGAAUGCAGAACUAAUUCAUCGGCAUUUUUGUAAAUUAUGUGAUCGGCUGUUGAUUUGAGGUUUGUUGUUUGCUAAUUAUCUAUGUGCUUUUCAGUGUGGGGUGUGUAGGGUGCCUUAGUUCUAAUAGGCUGCUUAUAAUUUAUUGAUUAUUGUGGUUUGUGGUUUGGAAUUCAAUUUUCUCGAGGAUCAGUCAUUGAUCCAACCAUGAGCUUGUCGUCUCCCUGACUGCCCUAAAACCGUAACUUUGUGUCAUUUUGUCAUCUACUCUCCAACUUGUGUAUAUUGGUUUUGACGUUAAAUAUUGGAUGAAAUUGUCAUGUUUCCUGGCUUUAUGGAUUGCACUUGUGUUACAUAAA